AUGGAUACCACAAAGAGAGAGAUGAUGAAAGAAAGAGAUAUUCUCAGCUCUUUGCCCGACGACGUUCUCUCCUCCAUAAUCUCCUAUCUACCUCCCAAAGAAGCAGUGAGAACAAGCAUCUUAUCCCGAAGAUGGUCACGUACAUGGUGGGGUUCCAUCACUUCCCUCAGCAUCGAUGUCCAUACCAUGAACCGCCAGCCCACUUUUUCUGGCUCUAUUUCGGCGUAUGCCUCUGACUGGAUUGAAAAUAUCAAUAAAUGGAUCGACGUUAUCGAUAAAAUCCUCAGAAGCUGUCAAGGAUCGAUCAGAGACUGCCAGAUUAAUUGCUGUCCGCCGAGGUAUGUAACCCUCACCUAUGAGCGAUUAGCCCGUGAUGUGAUGGAAAGGUUGGUAUUCAGCUAUGAACGGUGGGCUGAGAUUCUGACACGUGGUGGCAUCGAGAGGUUUGCGUUUUUUAGUAACGAUGGACGAGACAAGGUGCCUUCUGUCAUUCUCAACUGCAAUUCCAUGAGAUUCUUGGUACUGAACAACUGCCUGUUAGAGCCCAAAUUCUCAUUUGAUGGUUGUAGAUAUCUAAAGGUUUUGACGCUUGUGAAGAUAAAUUUUUUAGGCCAUCCAAUCCACCAUGCCAUCUCGAGAUGUGUUCACUUGGAGAAGUUGUAUUUAUUCCAUUGCUAUGGUACAGAAGAUCUCACCAUUCAUGUGCAAAAUCUCAAGUAUUUAUUUACAUGGCUGGACACUAAGAUGACCAUAGACAUCAAUGGUCCAAAUCUCACUGCCAUGGUUCUGGUUCUGGAGGCCGAGGUGGGGGUGAAGCGCUUUUGUGUCCGAGCUCCUAAUCUACAGUCGUUUUAUGUCAACACGUCCAGGACUUGGACUGAAGAAAUGCUAGAGAUAUCAAAUCGGAUUCGGUCAUACUUCGUUCAAGAAGUGAUGAAUAUAUUUGAAUUGUGCAUCCCAUCAAACGUGAAUAUUCUUGCAUUGCUGCCCGGAUCUAUGGAGGUACAUAUAAUAGAUUAA